UUCCCCUUCAAUAUUGAAAAAUUGAGUGGGACGAGUAUAUAAAUAUCCCCUACCCUCGUCGUUUAUAAAUCGAAUCUCGCUUUUCUUCCAUUUCUCCCAUCUCACCGCUUAACCUUCCGAGAAAAAAUGGAAGUUGUGCAGUCCACAGAAAUUCUCCACGACUUCGCUCCUCGUCUCCGAGUCUACAAAGACGGCCGAAUCGAACGCCUCUUGGAAACCAACACUGUCCCACCCUCUUUCGACCCGAUUACCCGCGUCGAUUCUAAAGACGUCACAAUCUGUCCGGGUAUUUCGACCCGCAUUUAUAAACCCGACAAAACAUCACUAGAAAAACCCAAACUACCCAUUCUAAUCUACUUCCAUGGCGGAGCUUUCUGCCUCUACUCUGCUUCCUCUUCAAUCUACCAAAAUUACCUUAAUUCGCUGGUCUCUGAAUCCGGUUGCAUCGCGAUUUCUGUGGAUUACCGCCUUGCACCAGAGUAUCCGAUGCCCGUUUGUUAUGACGAUUCAUGGGUAGCGACUCAAUGGGUUCUCUCUCAUUCAAACAGGUUGGGUCCUGAGUCAUGGCUAAACGAGUUAGCAGAUUUUGACCGAGUCUUCCUUGCAGGGGAUAGUGCCGGAGCAAAUAUCGUCCACGACAUUGUGAUUCGGGCUGAGUCAACAAGGUUUUCAGGGAUCGCUAUGAUUCACCCCUUUUUUGGAGAUGGUGAGGUCAACCCUCUUUGGAAUUAUCUGUACCCAGACACAAUCGGGGUAUUAGACCCGCGAUUAAACCCGACGGCGAAUCCGAUUAAAAUGAGAAGACAAUUAAUCGGGUGUGACAGGGUGUUGGUUUGUGUAGGUGGGAAGGAUUUCUUAAGAGAAAGAGGAAUGGAAUAUUAUCAAGUAUUAAGAGAAGGUCAAGAAAAUGGCGAAUGGAAAGGGGAAUUGGAAUUUAUGGAGAGUAAAGGAAGAGGCCAUGUUUAUCAUUUAUACAAACCUGAAUGUGAAGAAGCCAAACAACUCCUUAAAAGAGUUGCUCAAUUCAUCAGUAACAAAUCUGCAUCUCAUUUUCUUGUUUCUUUAGAAAUUUAGCCUUAAUUUCGUAAAUUGAUGAAGCUUGAAUGUUGUUUAUUGUGUUAGUUCUAUAAUUCUCUAACCCGGAGAUUUCUUAUUAUAUAAUUGGCUAUUUUAAUAGCUUAUUUUAUAUAUUGCGAUUAAUAUGUAAAAAAAAAUAAUUAAUGAGGUUUUAUUUAGAGUUGUCUAAUAGCAUACUUUUAUAAUGUUAAGUUUGUAUAA